UUGAAGUUGGUCGGGCUUAGAAGCCGACCGUUCGUUGAAACUUAGUUCGGAAACCGGUACCGGUGUUUCGGUCUGCAGAGUAUGAUCGCGGACGCAGACACGGAUUCAGAAUGGCGAGAAACAAUCGAAACAUUGUGCAUCUGCUGGUUAACCGUGAGCAAGGUUAUCGGGAAUACGGGUUCAGAAGUGCGACCAGUUCCUCAAGUUCGCGUGAAAGUUGCUUCCGCCAAGUUGCCAUCGAGUUAGCCGAAUUUGUGCUGCUUGAGCGGAUGAAAAAUGAGGACCUUUGCAAGCCUCUCGACGAUUUGGACAAUGAAACGGAAUCCGUUUUAAACAUCGAACAGAGCCAUCAUGGGCUCUUUACCGCAACCGUGCAGACGAACAAAAGCGUCAACGUGUUCCACACACCGUCGAUGCGCAAGAUUGCGAAAUAUCACAGUGGUGAACGCUCUGUCUGGACACUAGCGUUCCAUCCGAAAAAUGCCAACAUUAUUGCGUUCGCUACCCUCGGAGGCACAGUGUCGGUUUACGUUGAUAACCAACUAGUGGCCACCCGCGACGAAACACCAACGAUCGGGUCCCUGUGUUUUCACCCCACAAGAAGCUACCUUCUGCUGAAUAGCAUGAACCAAAUAAUCUUCUGGAACUGGGCUAGCGAUAAAACUUACUCAGUCGACAUGUACGAAGACUGCAAAUGCCGUUUUCUGCACAUGACGCUCGACUUGCGUCUCAUUACCGGUAUUACGCCAAGUCUACUUUACGGCUCGGUUAACUUUUUAGAAGAUCUCAGCCAGGUGCAACCGGAGCACUUGGCAGAGACGUUCCUACGACAUGUUUACUUUAUGCUAGAGAAACUAGAGAAAGCGCUUUCAAUCAACAACGGUCACCGGUUGCAGAAGGAACUAAACAAACAGUUUUAUGCCUGGGUUCGGCUACUGCAAACGAUUAAUACAGAAGGCCACAAUAUCCGCGUGCGCGACACGCUUGAACCGGCGGAGAAGUCUUUCAAAUCUGAUCUCAAUUUGACGCUAGUGACACUGAACCGAAGAAUUGAGGCACUUCAAGAGACGUUCUCAUCGCGGCCCAGCGUUAUAAGUUUAUGUAGCGAUGAUCUUCUACGGCUAGGGUACUCGAUGGCUUCGCUCUACACCGAACCGUUGUAUUUCUUCGAAAAGAUAUGCCAAAAAUACGUCUACCAAAACUUUAACCGAUACGUCCAGUAUAAGUUUGAUCUCAAUUUGGUAAGCGAAAUGUUGGACAAAGUGUUCGACAUGUUUCGCCGCAUCACCCCAAUAGCUGUCACCAAGGAAGAAUGGGAACGCCAGUGGUCCUUCUAUGUCACCCAAACGACAUAUGUUCAACCCGAAUUGAAUAAACAUUGUGCCUUGCAGGCGUGGGACCUUACUGCGUUUACCGACGAUGUCGAUGAUCUUCCCGACUUCAAGGAAGAAUGGAAAAAUGUGAUAACAAUGGGAAUAGUAAUCAACGAUUCUAAUGUGGCCAUCUCACAGUGCGAACAAUUGGUUGCCUCUGUCCGGUUGCGCUCGGUGAAGGAAAUGGAAAUACGAAGCCUUCGACGGGACAUCUUUGGCCAGUUGAUGUUCGUGUUCAAAUUUGUGUCAAACUUUGUCUCGCUUUCGUUUUCCCCUUCCGGGAGAUUUGUUAUCGUAGGAUUGCGGUGCACUAAGCAGCUUAAGUAUGCGUGCAUCCUCGACAGACAAACCGGCUGGCGGAUAGACUCAACCGGCCUAAACGGAUGUCUACGUGCUCCGGAUGAUACUAUUUUUCCCAAUGAACGUGUGGGUCUACAGCUCUGCCUGCCAGUGGAAAAGGAUCGGUAUCUAGAGGUAAAUUGCAUCAAAUGGGCUACCCUUCCGGGAUAUGGGCUGUUGUUAGGAUUGAAGGCAAAAUUCGUGCAGAUCUGUCGGUAGUGUCUCCCGAACACGAUCGAUGCUCUAAAAUGCACACUAGGGGUCAGUAUCUAACCAGUACCGUUAAAACUAUGGCACCAAAUAAACCGGAGAACAAGCACUGUUUUCCAAA